CUCGACAUUCGUUUUCUUCCUCUCUAUCGCUCUGUGAGCGCUGGUCGGUCGUCAGCAACAAAGUGAGCAUUUCCAAGCAGCCAUCAGCUGGUGGCUUGAGUCGAGCCCGGAUCCUUCAGCCAACAGCCUAUAGUCCUCUAGCGCCCAACCCUCCCUCGACGGCCCCAUUCGUGGCUGCAGAUCGGUUGCCGGAUCCCACUGCAGCGGUAUCAUCAAGACAUCUGGCAUUGUUAUAAGGAAGCUGGUCUUCUACAUCUGCCGACCCGACCGAGCGCCGGACUGUAUUUAUUGAUUCCUCGGCGCCAUUUUGCUGCAUGCGGUAGCACGCCUUCGCAUCGCCCGGCACCCCCUUCGACGACCGCCUCACGAGGUCAGCCGCCUUCCCCCGCCGCUUACCAACGCGGGAUUCCCUCGGGAUAGGCCUUCGAAUCCGUUCCUCUUUCGCGAUAAUAUUUGAUUCUCUCUGUACAUAAUGGCGCCCCCGACAGCGCCCGCGAGCGCCGCAACGGUGCACAUGGCGACUACAACCCUCAAGGUCGGCGGCAUGACCUGUGGCGCAUGCACAUCCUCGGUGGAAUCGGGCUUCCAGGGUAUGAAGGGAGUGGGCAGCGUGUCUGUCAGUCUAGUUAUGGAGCGCGCCGUGGUGCAGCACGACCCGGAGGUCAUAUCGGCAGACCAGGUUGCGGAAAUAAUAGAAGACCGAGGAUUUGACGCCGAAGUCAUCUCGUCAGACGUCCCGCUGGCUGCGCCGGAGGACUUUCUGAGCGACUCAGAAGACGAGGACGAAGGAGCCGAAACUUCAAUUGCGACUACAACGCUCUCAGUGGAAGGCAUGACAUGCGGCGCGUGCACGUCAGCCGUGGAGGGUGCCUUCAAAGACGUUGCGGGCAUCAGGAGUUUCAGCAUAUCACUACUCUCCGAGCGCGCCGUAAUUGAACACGACACGAGUUUAAUAUCGCCGGCAACGCUAGCUGAGACGAUCGAAGAUGCAGGUUUCGAUGCGAAGGUGUUGGACACAGUGGCUCAGGUAUCGGAACGGCCACGGAGUAAAAAGGACAAGAAGAACAAGACCUUGACGACGACAGUUGAUGUCGAAGGCAUGACUUGCGGCGCCUGCACUUCGGCCAUCGAGAGUGGCUUCAAGGACGUGGAGGGUGUCUACCAGUUCAACAUUAGCUUGCUCGCGAACCGUGCAGUGUUGGUCCACGAUCCGGCGAAGCUUACAGCGGAGCAAAUAGUGGAGAUCAUUGAGGACCGAGGAUUCGACGCCAGGGUGCUAUCAUCCGUCGACGGAAGCGUGCAACGAGGUUCACCAAGUGACGGGCCCAUCCAGCUGAAGAUAUACGGGCUGCCAAACCAGAAUGCAGCGGAGGAGCUCGAAGCACUGCUCCGAGAACGGCCCGGUGUCAAAUCUGCGACAAUCAACUACGGCACGUCGCGAGCGGUCAUUCAGCGAGACCCACAAAUCAUCGGCCUGCGAGCGACGGUCGAGGCCAUCGAAGCUGCAGGAUACAACGCCAUCGUUUCCGACUCUGACGACAACAACGCUCAACUGGAAUCACUCGCCAAGACCAAGGAGAUAAUGGAGUGGAAACGAGCAGUGAAGAUCUCUGCUUGCUUCGCAGUGCCCGUCUUCCUGACGAGCAUGCUAUUUCCAAUGUUCCUCCCUUUCCUCGACUACGGAAGCUUCCGUAUCAUGCCUGGUCUCUACCUCGGUGACGUCGUCUGCCUAGGUCUUACCAUUCCUGUUCAAUUUGGUAUCGGCAAGCGGUUUUAUGUCUCGGCAUACAAGUCCCUCAGCCAUGGCUCGCCUACGAUGGAUGUCUUGGUUGUUCUGGGAACUUCAGCUGCAUUCUUCUUCAGCUGCGCCUCGAUGCUUGUGUCUCUGCUCAUCCCGCCUCAUUCAAAGCCAACGACCUUGUUCGAUACCAGCACCAUGUUGAUCACAUUCAUCUCCAUUGGCCGUUAUCUCGAGAACAGCGCGAAGGGCCGGACUUCAAAGGCAUUGUCCAAGCUCAUGUCUUUGGCUCCGUCAAUGGCUACGAUCUAUGCUGACCCUAUUGCAGCUGCUAAGGCUGCUGAGGGUUGGGAUGUUGUAGAAGAAAAGCACUCACGCCAAUCUAUGGACGGCAACGCUAUUGAGGAGAAGGUCAUUGCCACCGAACUUAUCGAAGUUGGCGACGUGGUUAUCCUCCGGCCAGGCGACAAGAUUCCGGCCGACGGCACUGUCACUCAUGGAGAGUCAUACGUGGACGAAAGCAUGGUCACUGGUGAAGCCAUACCGAUUCUCAAGAAAAAGGGCACUCUACUCAUUGCAGGUACCGUCAACGGCGCCGGACGGGUCGACUUCAUCGUCACGCGUGCGGGACGUGACACACAACUCAGUCAGAUCGUGCGUCUUGUGCAAGAAGCUCAGACAAGUCGCGCUCCUAUCCAACGUUUGGCCGAUACUGUGGCCGGAUACUUCGUACCCGUUAUUAUCACCCUUGGCCUGGCCACUUUCGUUGCCUGGAUGGUGCUCAGUCACGUUCUCCCCUACCCACCAAAGGUCUUCCUCGACCAUGCAAGCGGUGGCAAGCUCAUGGUCUGUUUCAAACUUUGCAUUGCCGUCAUCGUGUUCGCUUGUCCUUGUGCUCUCGGCUUGGCAACACCUACCGCUGUCAUGGUCGGCACUGGUGUGGGCGCCGAGCAGGGCAUUCUCGUCAAGGGUGGUGCUGCUCUGGAGACCGCCACCAAGGUCAACCAUGUUAUUUUCGACAAGACUGGUACCCUUACGGUAGGAAAGAUGAGUGUCUCCAAGGCCGACAUCAAGGGCGAAUGGGGUACCGAUGCAAAGAAGAAUCUGUGGUGGACGCUUAUCGGUCUCGCUGAGAUGGGCUCCGAGCAUCCUAUCGCAAAGGCUAUCGUCGGGUCUGCGAAGGAGAACUUGCGCCUCGGUCCUGACGGCCACCUCGAUGGUUCUGUAGGUGAUUUCGAAGCCAUUGUUGGUAAAGGUAUCACUGCCAAUGUCGAAGCUGCAUUGUCACGCGAUCGCACCCGUUACCGUGUCUAUAUCGGGAACGCUGAAUAUCUCCUGUCUGUGGGUGUCAAUGUCCCUGACUUCGUCGACGAACCUCUCACUCCCGCUGCUACACGAUCCGCGAACCCCAGGGCGGGCACUCAAACGCGCUCUGCAGGUAUUACGACGAUUCAUACGGCUAUCGACAAGGACUACACUGGCACUCUGUCCCUCUCUGACACGAUCAAGCCUUCCGCUCGCGCUGCUGUUCUGGCUCUUCGUCGCCUGGGUAUGACCGCCUCCAUCGUCACUGGUGACACUUCAUCGUCCGCACUCGUCGUCGCAGCCCAAGUCGGCAUCGACCCUGAAGAUGUCCAUGCCUCCGCCAAGCCCGCCGACAAGAAAGCCAUCAUCGCAGAUCUCCAGUCCCGCGGCAAGGUAGUCGCCAUGGUCGGCGACGGCAUUAACGACUCGCCGGCCCUCGCAUCAGCAGACAUCGGCAUCGCCCUCUCAACUGGCACGGACGUCGCCAUGGAAGCCGCCUCAAUCGUCCUCAUGAGCACCACCGACCUCCUCGCCAUCCCUGCAUCCCUCUGCCUCAGCAAAGCCAUCUUCAACCGCAUCAAGUUGAACCUCGCUUGGGCGUGCAUGUACAACGUUGUCGGUCUGCCCUUCGCCAUGGGCUUCUUCCUGCCCUGGGGCCUCAGCCUGCACCCGAUGGCCGCAGGCGCAGCAAUGGCUUGCUCCUCCGUGUCCGUGGUUGUCAGCUCGCUGCAAUUGAGAUUUUGGAAGCGGCCUUCGUGGAUGAAGUUGUCCAAGCUGGACCCUGCUGCUGAGAUUCCAGAGAACGAGAAGGAGGCGGAGAGGCUAGGGUUCGCGAAGAUGGGUCUCUUCAGCACGGCCGUGGAGUGGGUCAAGGAGACUAUCGCGGCAAGGAAGAGGGGGAGGGAAGAGGCUGGGUAUGUGCCAUUGCAGAACAUGGCCGAGCCUUGAGGAGGGGAGGUUGUACAAAGAUGUGUUUUCCCAUUGUGAUGUUCAUGUUGGAUACCACAGGCACUUCGUUGCUGUUCCUAUAUUUCCUUGCUUGUUACCUUAGCACGCAUCGCACUGUAUAUAUCCGUGCUUUCCCUUGAAUAUAUUCUUCUACUACAG